AUGCCUAAGAAAGAUUUGUGGGGUUCUUUCAGAUUGAGAAGCUUUCUUCAACUACUCUCUGGCAAUCGAUCUAGCUCUACAAAUGCGUCGCAGGGACAGUUCCCAGCUAUGGGAGUAUCUAAGGUUGCCCAUGGCUAUUCGAUGCCGCAAAGUCUUCGACUUUUCAGCACCAACAGCAGACCAUGGAUAAAACUUGAUACCAAAGUGUUAAAUGGUGGAGAGGACAAGGUUCAACAAUCACACCAAGCUACUUCCACUAGGCUCAAUUUCGCCCACUGGUUCAAAUGGAUGUUGGGAUCCAUAUUAUCACUAAUGCUGCCUUUUUGGGCUCAGAAUUGGGGAAAACUGAAGAGGAUUGAAGGAAAGGCAGAAAUUGUAAUGGAAGAGGUUGAGACUGUGGCAGAGGUAGUAGAAAAAGUGGCAAAUGUGGCUGAGAAGGUGUCGGCGGACGUCGCAGAUGAGCUCCCUGAUAAUAGCAAACUAAAGGAAACAGUUUUGCUGGUAGAACGGGCAUCAAAAGUGGCUGCUCAAGAUGCUCAACUAACACAAGAUUUAAUUCACAAGGUGGAAAUACUGAAGCAAGACCUGGGAGACUUGGAGACGCUAGCGGAGCCCGUUGUUGAGAAGAUUGCGAAGCGAGUGAUAUAA